UACUCUGGAGCAAAUCAGUCCUCGGAAUUUAGCGCGCUUCAGAAGAUGUCAGCACCUUUGAUCUUGUGGUGUGUGAUUGCUCUCUUUGCUAAUGUUCCAACAGCAUUUAGCAGACCUCGGCAUAUUGGAAAGCCUGUUUCCGAAGUAAAAGCGGAUGAAGUACAAAAAAGGCAGUCAGAAUGCGGGAAUGUGACGAAUAAUGAACUGAAAAGUCCCAGGUACCCGAGUAACUACCCAAAUAGCAUAGAUUGCGUUUACUGGGUCGUCAUUCCUGCUGGCAAGACAAUGAACAUCUACUUUAAUGACUUCCAUCUCGAAUAUCACUCCAUAUGUAGCUAUGACUAUUUGAAGAUUGCAAACGAAAAAGAUGAGACAUUUGGUGGGCGCAAUGGAAAGUACUGUGGUCUUCAAUAUGGAAACGUCAGUGUCACUGGUCAAUACGCUGUGUUAACAUUUCAUUCAGACAGCAUCUUCUCACGUAGAGGAUACAACUUGACAUUCACUUUUGCCCCUGUCGGCUCAAAUGGUACCCAGUCUCCGCCCACUUACCCUCCAAUAGGUACCCAAGGUCCACAAACAGUGUACCCAACAAAUCCUCCUUGGUAUACCACAGCACCACCAAACGGUACCCAGGGUCCACAAACAGUGUACCCAACAAAUCCUCCAUGGUAUACCACAGCACCACCAAACGUUGGUUGUGGUUACGUGCAAGGUUAUCAGCUCACAAGUCCCGGAUAUCCAAACAAUUAUCCGAAUGGGAUAGACUGUGAGUACUGGGUCUACAUUCCUUAUGGCAAGGCGUUAAGAAUUUACUUCAAUGAAUUUCAAGUUGAGUUCCAUUCAAGUUGCAGCUAUGACUAUUUGAGGAUUGCAAACGAAAAAAAUGAGACAUUUGGUGGGCGCAAUGGAAAGUACUGUGGUGUUCAAUAUGGAAGCGUCAGUGUCACUGGUCAAUAUGCUGUGUUAACAUUUCAUUCAGACAACAUUGUCGCACUUAGAGGAUACUACUUGACAUUCACGUUAAUCCCUGCUGGCUUAGGUACCCAAGGUCCACAAACAGUGUACCCAACAAAUCCUCCUUGGUAUACCACAGCACCACCAAACGUUGGUUGUGGUUACGUGCAAGGUUAUCAGCUCACAAGUCCCGGAUAUCCAAACAAUUAUCCGAAUGGGAUAGACUGUGAGUACUGGGUCUACAUUCCUUAUGGCAAGGCGUUAAGAAUUUACUUCAAUGACUUUCAAGUUGAGUCAGAUCCAAGUUGCAGCUAUGACUAUUUGAGGAUUGCAAACGAAAAAAAUGAGACAUUUGGUGGGCGCAAUGGAAAGUACUGUGGUGUUCAAUAUGGAAGCGUCAGUGUCACUGGUCAAUAUGCUGUGUUAACAUUUCAUUCAGACGGCAGCGUCUCACGUAGAGGAUACAACUUGACAUUCACGUUAAUCCCUACUGGCUCAAAUGGUACCCAGCCUCCGCCCACUUACCCUACAAAACGAACCCCUGCAACUAUGUUUCCAUCUGUUGGACCAUCUCCCGAUGCAAAGAGGGAACUCCAGUACCUCAUUGCCAUCGUGCGAUACCUCCUAAAUCAGAUGGAGUAUGUAGUGAACAAUGAGGUUUUCAGUGUGUCUGUCAGGGAUUAUGAAGCUCGAGUCAAGAGAGCGAUUACUGAUGUCCACCAUGCUCUACGGGCUGAAGGAAGGCAGAAGCGUGACGUUAGUAGUGUGGAGAUGAUUAGUCAGUUGGAAAAGAAGGCUGACGAUCUAAUAAAGCAACUGCAAAUCAAAGAAGAUCGAUACCAGAGGAGUGCCCCUAAAAGGAAAGUUGCUAUUGAGGAUGCUGAGAAAGCUCACUGAGCUGAUCAGGUUGACAUAGUCAAAGCAACCAGAAACACUAAAAAGAAAGUUGAUACUAGAAGAGAAAUAAGCGUAGAGAAGAAAAACGAACCCGACCUGCUUACUAAAAAACUGAAUAAUAGCUGUGCUGUGGGGAUUGGGUGCGCAUAUUUGAGUUAAGGCACUGAAUAAAGGAACU